CUCAGUUUGUGUUUGGAUUUGAGGCAGAGGCAAAAGCUGCUUGAUCUCGUUUCAGUGGAAUUCAGGGGGAUUAAUUAGUUAAGGGCUGUUCAGAGGUGCAAACUAAGGGCUAGUUGUUCGCGGCGCCUUGGGACCUGAAUCUCGUCCUGAACUACAUCUCUCCGUGCCUGCCAAAGUUUUCCUACUGCUACACAGAUGGAUGUGUUCUCAGCAAAGGCUUCCACGUGGAAGAUUUUAAAAAGUAAAACAAAAAGCACCUCCAAGCUCGAAAUGGUGCUGCCAGGGGGAACGUUUACAAGGAAGCAGCCAGGUAAACAAGGAAAUUCGGUGAGUUGCAAAGUGAAAUUUGCAGUGUGGCAACAAUUCCCAGCCUGUGAGAGGCUCCCAGUCGUCCCAGCCACCUCGGGCUGACUGCAGGAUCCUCGCUUUUACAGGCAGCCUCAGGAAGCUGGGCUGGACUGAAAAAGUAACAGAAUGAUGUGAAGCUUGUCUGAGUCACUGACCCCGCAUCUCCACUGGUUCUUUCAGGGCACUGCUCUUGGAGGAACUCAGAGCAGGCUGCAGCUGAGUGAGGUCUGCCCUUUCUGGUCACCACGAAUUUCAGAUCUCCUCCCCUCGCCUCUCCCAGCCUUUUGUGCUCUCCGUGCUAAUCCAUCCAGUGCAGCGUUAAACUGACAGAGGCAGCAGUUGGAAACCCUGCUCAGGAAGAGCCUGAGGACCAGCAGCAGGCAUGCACAUGAAAACCGCGCUCAUCCUCCUCGUGCUGGCUUUUGCCACGAUCUUUGCCCUGGUCUGCGUGCUGCUGACCAGGGUACCGGCCCCCGGCACCUGCCAGCACCAGCCCCCGGAGCCCGAGGUCCCGGAGGACGGCCGCAGCCUGGUGUUUGCCGAUCUGACGCCCGAGGAGCUGGCGCGAGUGGUGCGGUACCUGCAGGGCAGCCUCGGGGUGCCGCUGGUGGACGCCUCGCGUGCCAAACCCUCCGACAACUGCAUCGCCUCUGUGGACGUGCAGCUCCCUGGCAAGGCGGAGGUGCUGCAAUUCCUGGAUGGAGGGGGGGCUCGCCCGCCCCGGGAGGCGCUGGCCGUGCUGUACUUCGGUGACCAGGCGGACCCCAACGUCACCGAGUACGUGGUGGGGCCUCUGCCGGUGCCAACGUAUCACCGGGACGUCACGGUGCAGAAGUACGGGGGGAAGGUGCCGUACCACCGCAGACCGACGCUGGCUGUUGAAUACCAACAGAUCGCAGGAUUUUUUAAGAGCCGAGUGUUCCCCGCGGCCCCGUCUUUCAUGCGUCAGGUGAUGGAGUACGACGGGACCAGCCUGGCAGCGGUGACUGCUGCUCCCCGUGGCUUCCAGUCUGGCGAUCGGGCCACCUGGUACGUCUUGUUCCAGAACGUGAGCGGGUUCUUCCUGCACCCCGUGGGGCUGGAGGUGCUGGUGGACCACAGCAGCCUGGACAUCGGCCAGUGGGCGGUCAGCAGGGUCUUCUACAAUGGGCAGUACUACAGGGACAUGGCUCAGCUGGAGAGUGCCUACGUGCAGGGCCGCAUCAGCGUGGAGAAGGUGAGGAAAGCGCCGCCGGACGGGGACUUCUCAUCCAUGAGACCGCGAGCGCCUUCGGCUGCGCCAUUCCCCUUGCAGUACGAGCCGCAGGGCCCCCGCUACAGCGUGAGGAAGAACCACGUCGCCUUCCAGGCCUGGAGCUUUGCCUUUGGGAUGAGCGUGAAGACGGGCCUGCGGCUGUUUGACAUCAGAUACAAGGGGGAGAGGGUUGUCUACGAGCUGAGCGUGCAGGAGGCGCUGUCGGUGUACGGCUCCAACUGCCCCGGGGGGAUGUCGACGCGGUACAUGGACGGGAGCUUUGGCAUCGGGCGCUACACCUCCCCGCUGGUGCGCGGGGUCGACUGCCCCUAUUUAGCGAGUUACGUGGACGUGCACUAUCUCGCUCAUUCCCAGGACAUCAGAACGAUUAAAAAUGCCCUCUGCGUCUUUGAGCAGAACCUGGGCUCCCCGCUGCGGCGCCACUUCUCCAACCUGCAGUCGCUGUACUACGGCGGGCUGGUCAACUCCGCGCUGGUCCUUCGGUCCAUCACAACCGUGGGCAACUAUGAUUACAUCUGGGACUUCAUCUUCUACCAGAAUGGGGCCAUUGAGGCCAAAGUCCAGGCCACGGGGUACGCGAGCUCCUCCUUUUUCCAUGGGGAUGGUCUGCGGUACGGCAAUAGGGUCUGGGAGCACACGCUGGGGACAAUUCACACCCAUUCCAUCAACUAUAAGGUGGACUUGGAUGUGGGAGGGGUGAAAAACUCCCUGGUGGCUCACGACAUGGCGUUUGAGAUGGCGCGGGCUCCCUGGAACCCCGAGCAGCAGAUCGAGCGGCCGCGGCUCACCAAGAGAGUCCUGGACACGGAGGACCAGGCAGCUUUCCGGCUCCAGUCCAAGAUACCCAGAUACAUCUACUUUGCGGCCAACAGCAAAAACAAGUGGGGCCACCAGCGGGGUUACAGGAUCCAGAUCGUCAGCUUUGCAGGGGACCACGUCCCCGAAGCCAGCUCCAUGGAGAGGGCCAUCAGCUGGGCAAGGUACAAGCUGGCUGUCACCAGGAGGAAGGAAGAGGAGCCCACCAGCACCAGCAUCUACAACCAGAACGACCCCUGGACGCCCACCGUCGCCUUUGCUGACUUCAUCGACAACGAAACCAUCACCAACGAGGACCUGGUGGCCUGGAUAACUGCUGGCUUCCUCCACAUCCCGCACUCGGAGGACAUUCCCAACACCGUCACGGUGGGGAACUCGGUCGGCUUUCUCCUGCGCCCCUACAACUACUACGACUUGGACCCCUCCAUAUACUCGCACGACGGCGUCUUUUUCACCAGUGAGCAGGACUUCACGGCGUGCGAGGUCAACCCUAUCGCGUGCCUGCCCAAAACAGCCUCCUGCUUGCCCAAUUUCCCCCCGUUCACCUACGACGGAUUCAAAAACACAAGCAAGCUUUACUGUUCCAUGAGCCACGAGGCUGACCAACCUGUUACGGAUUUUCGUUCUUUUUGAGUGAAGUUUGUUUUUGUUUUUGUUUUUUCAGUCGUAACUUCACUUUUUCUUGUUGCUUUUAACUUAGUGCUCGGCGCGAGGGGAGCGUAAUCGUCCCGGCGCGCUGCCAGGCGGCAGCCUGAUUUAUCUCCAUUAAUUGCUAAAUCCGGGUCUGUUUUGGGGAGGGUUGGAGGGACGGGGGGUAGAAGCGAGAAAAUCCUGUUCCUCUGCUGUAGCAGCGAAUGCCGUGUAGUGCCUAUCUCAGGUUUUAAAAACGAAAUGAAAAGA